GACACAUUGUCCACAACUAUGUCUAUGAACAAUUCUCCAAAUGUAUUUUUGGACCCAAAUUUGAAUAGAUUUCAGGUUAAUGUCAUUAAUGAAAACCAUGAAAACACAAUUCAGUCUCAGGGAGAUCCUGAUCCACAACAUUAUGAAGAGACUUCUUUUGCUAGAGAUACCACUAAGAGACUCCAAAUCAGCUACAGGUCUGGAAACCAAGAAGCUUAUGACCAUUUCUUACAAAACGGGGAUACUGCUAAAACAGAUGGAAGCUUUCACCCCUAUGACACCCACAGUAACACCUAUUAUCUAAAAACAUUUGGGCAUAAUACAAUGGAUGCUGUGCCAAAAGUCGAUUAUUACCAGAACACUGGAAGCAUCAGAGGGGCCAAAAUAAGCCGACCAAGUUUGAUGGAUAUUCAUGAACACCUGGCAAAGAAUAUCACAGUGGCUUCUGGUUCAGUCGACAAAUUCACCAAAGCAGACGGCAACACAGAAGAAGCUGAUUUCCACAAGGAAGAAGAAACCAAAGGAGCUGUGAAAUUUGGAUGGGUGAAGGGUGUCCUGGUGAGAUGCAUGUUGAACAUCUGGGGUGUAAUGCUAUUUAUUCGUCUUUCCUGGAUUAUUGGUCAAGCUGGAAUUGGUCUUGGAGUUAUCAUAAUCCUACUUGCUACCAUGGUUACUUCCAUUACUGGCUUAUCAACUUCUGCAAUAGCAACUAAUGGUUUGGUCCGUGGAGGUGGCGCUUAUUACCUGAUCUCACGAAGUUUAGGACCUGAGUUUGGAGGCUCCAUAGGUCUCAUCUUUGCCUUUGCCAACGCCGUGGCAGUGGCCAUGUAUGUGGUCGGCUUUGCAGAAACAGUUGUGGAUCUCCUCAAGAGCAGUAAUGCAAUAAUGGUUGAUGCAACCAAUGACAUCAGGAUAAUUGGUGCCAUAACUGUUGUAAUUCUUCUGGGCAUUUCUGUGGCUGGUAUGGAAUGGGAAGCAAAGGCCCAAGUGAUUCUUCUAAUUAUACUUCUCAUUGCUAUCGUAAAUUUUUUCAUUGGGACUGUUAUUCCUAGCAAUGCAGAAAAGAGGGCGAGAGGUUUUUUCAAUUAUCAAGCUUCCAUAUUUGCAGAAAACUUUGGACCAGAAUUCAGAGGUGAUGAAGGUUUUUUCUCUGUGUUUGCCAUUUUUUUCCCUGCAGCCACUGGCAUUCUUGCUGGAGCCAACAUCUCUGGAGACUUAGAGGAUCCACAAGAAGCAAUACCUAAAGGAACAAUGCUGGCCAUUCUGAUCACAACUGUUGCUUACUUAGGAGUUGCAAUCUGUGCAGCUGCUUGUGUCGUACGCGAUGCUACAGGGAAUGUCAAUAAUACAGUUGUAUCUGGAAUGAAUUGCAAUGGAUCAUCUGCUUGUGCCCUAGGCUAUGAUUUCUCCAGCUGUAAAAUCCAGACAUGUGAUUAUGGGCUGAUGAAUAAUUUCCAGGUUAUGAGCAUGGUUUCAGGGUUUGGACCCUUAAUCACCGCUGGGAUAUUUUCUGCCACGCUAUCCUCAGCAUUAGCUUCACUUGUGAGCGCACCCAAGGUUUUCCAGGCUCUCUGCAAGGAUAACAUCUAUCGAGCACUCCACUUUUUUGCCAAAGGAUAUGGGAAAAAUAAUGAACCAAUCAGAGGAUAUGUUCUCACUUUCAUCAUUGCCAUGGCCUUUAUUCUGAUUGCUGAGUUGAACACCAUCGCUCCCAUCAUCUCCAACUUCUUCUUGGCUUCAUACGCACUCAUCAAUUUCUCUUGUUUCCACGCGUCAUAUGCGAAAUCUCCAGGCUGGAGACCUGCCUUUAGGUAUUACAACAUGUGGGUGUCCCUCUUCGGAGCCGUGCUUUGCUGCGGCGUCAUGUUUGUCAUCAACUGGUCGGCAGCUCUGAUCACUUACGCAAUUGAGCUCUUUCUUUAUAUUUAUGUGACAUACAAGAAGCCAGAGGUAAACUGGGGGUCAUCUGCACAGGCACUCUACUAUAUUAAUGCCAUUGACAGUGCGCUGGAAUUAACUACGGUGGAUGAUCAUGUAAAAAACUUUCGGCCUCAGUGCAUAGUUUUAACAGGAGGACCUAUGACGAGACCCGCUUUGUUAGACAUUGCUCAUUCAUUCACAAAGAACAACGGUCUUUGCAUCUGCUGUGAAGUCUACAUGGGCCCACGCAAGCUGUGCGUUACAGAGAUGAACAGUGGCAUGGCAACAAAGCAGGCCUGGCUGGCAAAGAAUAAAAGGAAAGCAUUUUAUGCUGCGGUAGCAGCAGACAGCUUUAGAGAUGGAGUCAGAAGUCUUCUCCAGGCCUCUGGUUUGGGAAGAAUGAGACCUAAUACUUUGGUGCUUGGCUUUAAAAAAGACUGGAGACAUGCCACUGCAAUACAAGUUGAAAAUUACGCAGGUGCCAUACAUGAUGCAUUCGACUUUGAAUUUGGAGUGAUAAUUGUUCGAAUAAGCCAAGGGUUUGAUAUAUCUCAAGUGCUCCAGGUUCAAGAAGAAUUGAAGAAGUUGGAGCAGGAGAGGCAAGCCCUAGAGGCCACUCUUAAAGAUAGUGAAUUUGAAGAACAAAACUAUGGUAUCCAUGGAUUCUUCAGAAGAGCCACCAAACUCAACUUUACGAAGACGAUGCCCAAAAAAGAUUGCAGCAUUAGCACAAUCUCUUCAAUACACGUCGGGGAAUUCAAUCAACGGCUGCUUGAGGCUAGCAUCCAGUUUAAAAAGAAGCAAGGGAAGGGCACCAUCGACGUGUGGUGGCUGUUCGACGACGGAGGGCUAAUACUCUUAAUUCCCUACAUUCUGACACUCCGGAAAAAGUGGAAGGAUUGCAAAUUAAGGAUCUUUACGGGUGGAAAAGUUACUCGUCUUGAAGAAGAAAAAGUAAUGAUGGCUUCACUGUUAAGUAAGUUCAGAAUAAAAUUUGCUGACAUUAAUAUAAUUGGUGACAUCAACAUGAAACCCACUAAAGAGAGCUGGAAAUUCUUUGAAGAGAUGAUUGAACCAUACCGCCUUCAUGAAAGCUGCAAAGAUUUAACAACUGCUGAGAAAUUAAAGAGAGAGGCACCAUGGAAAAUCACUGAUGCGGAACUGGAAGCAUUCAAGGAGAAGAGUUACCGUCAGGUCCGUUUGAAUGAACUCCUACAGGAACACUCUCGAGCUGCUAAUCUAAUUGUUUUGACCCUACCAGUGGCAAGAAAAGGAAUUAUAUCUGAUUACCUCUAUAUGGCUUGGCUAGAAAUUCUCUCCAAGAACCUACCUCCAGUUUUGCUCGUUCGAGGCAACCACAAAAAUGUACUGACAUUUUACUCGUAGCAAACUCCCCCUGGAGUCCAUUA